CGGCUCCGUUGUGCUGUCUCUGUGCCCCAGCCUGGCCUAGGAGAAGCCCCAGGCCCGUAGGACGUCGGGGCGAGGGCGGUGCAGGCGAGGGCGAAGGAGGCGAGAGAAAUAAACAUGUAAACAAUCCCAGGCGGGGAAGGAGGACUCGGGCGUCGCGGCUCUCCUGCGGGAUUCCCUCGUGAUUGCGGGCUCCUGGUGAGGCCCCUUGGCACCUGCAGGAGACGAGGGCGAGAGCGUGGAUGGGCUCCUUCGCCGAGGUGGCCAGAGGCGCCAGAAGGAUGGGGGAGCCACGGAGGUGUUGGCUGCGGUGGCACAACUACAGUGAUUCAGUGACGUCGGCGUUAGAGUCUCUCCGGUAUGACGAGGACUUCUUGGACGUAACAGUGGCAUGCGAGGGACGUACAAUACGAGCCCACAAAUUAGUGCUCUCUGCCUGUAGUGCUUACUUCAGAAAGGUGCUAAAGGACCAUCCAUGUGACCACCCCAUAAUUAUUUUGGAUGGUUUAGGAUGGAGAGAGGUUGUGGCCUUAUUACAUUUCAUGUAUUGUGGAGAAGUUGUAGUGGAGGAAGAAGAGUUACCAAACCUUUUGAGUGCUGCGUCCAACUUAAGUGUGACUGGAUUAACUCAUGUUACCAUGGCAUUAGCAAGUACACAGGCAACCGGUGAAGAAGACACAGAUGAAGACUAUGAAGAUGAUGAAGAGGAAGAAGAGGAAGAGGAGAAAGCAACAAAGUUACCAGAAAGCACCCAUGUAUCAAAGAAGGAAGAGGCAGAGAGUGAAAAAGAUUCCUCGUAUGAGAGCGACGCACCGCCUGCUUCUAAGAGGCAACGCAGAGACUCCAGCAGUACUCAGGAGACAAGUUGCACUAACAAGGAGCCGUUGGAAGAAUCACAGACGAGUAGAAGAAAUUCAGUUUCUUCUAAAAAAGAGAACUCAAGUCCGCCCCCAGUAGUGACCAAUGGCUUGACUCCAACUACGCAAGCAGGCCUAGCAGCCAUACCUGUCCCCAGUAACCCUGCCACUGAUGUCAGAGAAGAGAAAGAAGAGGAGAAGGAAAGUACGAAAGUUGUCCCUAAAGAGAAAAAGACAGUCAGCAAAGACAAAACAAAAGGGAAGUUGAUGAAUGGCAACAACCAUAUCAAGGAGGAAAUGGAAGAAUACUUAGAGGAGGACUUUGAAGGAAGCAGACCCGAAAAUGGUGAUUCAGAUUACAUGAAGAACUUGGCCGAUCCCGAAAAGUCAUCAGGCGGCUCAGUCACAGAUAGCAUAGCAGAGAGUGCAACGGCACCAGUGACACCUCCUUUAAGUGGUGGUGUUAAUUAUACUGCAUUGAUAACCAGAGGAAUCUUGCCAUCUGUUACGAACAUGAAGACAGACACCAUCCUCAUCUCCCCCUUUGCACUAAGUGACAAAAUAGUGCAGAAGGUCCUCCUCCCCGCACAGCCAUCCACUGGAGCUUCCCCCUCUUGCACCUCACCCAGCUCAAGCACAACGUCUGUCACAACCCCUACCGCCACACUCAGCACAAACAGUCAGACAGACACCUCUCCGAGCCAGCCCUACAUUCAACCGCCCUUGGUCUCUGUGCAGGAGGUCCAAGCUACACUAGAACAAUACCAGCGGAAGCUUGCCUUUCAUGAGCCAAGACCAUGCCCGACGUGCAAGAGGAUGUACCGAGAUGCUGCCACCUUACGAACACACAUGGCUAUCAUGCAUGCUGAAGGCAGAGAACCUUUCUCAUGCACAUGUGGGGCAUUGUUUCGUACAAAAUAUGACAUGUACCAACACAAGAAGAAUGGUCAUCGAUAAGCUUGACAAGUGAACUUCAAGGCCAAAGAAUAAGCUGCGAUGUAGAGCAAGGAAAACCUGGAGACAGGCAGGUAGUUGUGUCACCAUUAAAACUGCUAUAUAUAUGGCAAACUGAUUAACCAUGCCAAAGAUAAGGAAUAUGGUAGUUAUGUACCAAACAGGAAUUGUUUGGUGUAGAAAUGCAUUUCAGAAAAUAAUUGGAAUUGAAUAGUAGAAAUGUAUAAUGCCUCCCUAAUGAUCUGGUAUUGGUAUGGAUUUAUAUUUUAUUCUUUGGGAGAAGUUAUGACAAUGCCAGUUGUUUUUUAUUUGUAAAUUUAUUUUUAUCAUUGUAAUCAAUACUCAUUAUUUUAUUGUUAUUAUUAUUAUCAUUAUAAGUGACAAAUUUCACUUCAAGAAGUGAUAAAGUUAACUUUGUUUCACUUCAAAAGCUUCUGAUAUUUUUAUCAUCUGAAACUCUUAUAAGAGUCAGAAGCAGUGGGUGAUGGCAUGUCUCUCUACCUGAUUAUCUUGGUGUUCCAGAUUCCUUUUGCUGUAAUGCUUGAGUCGCAUUUAGGCUAUGUCUUGACACAAGAUUAGAUCUCUUGCUCAAGUUACCCAAACCAAGUGUGCCCUCUGAUCUGCCACAUUGGCAGCAUCAGAUACUCCUUUAACCGUUGAACCAAGUAUUGCCUUUUGCAGUGUUGGUAGCUUUUGAAACUUCAUGUACUCCCACUCUGGUCUGUUGUGGCAGUUUGAAGUCAUCUGCUAGCGUUGGAUAGUAGUUAUGACAACUUUUUGUGACUAACUCUGGUGCUCUUGUCAUUUUCCCAGUGUGUAAGCUUUCUUAGCAGGACUUGUGCUCCUUAUCAUGUGGGGGGAUAAGUUUUUCCAAGUGUCUUAAGGUAUGUGUGAGUAUGAUGAAAAUGGAAUGUUUUGUUGCACAAAUAUGCUUGAUUGUCCUCAAGCUUAGAGGAAUACUUUGCUUUAAUGAAAUAUGAAGACAGAUGGUUGAUGUAAAUAUUUUUUUAUUGAUGUACUUGUAUUUAAGAAAACAAACCACUCUAGAAAGAAAGCAUUGAAAUGGUGGUAUUACCAUUUCUGCUUUUUGCAGAAUCUUUUCACACAGCCUUUUAAAGCAGGCAGUUGUAUCUGCAAGCCUUAGAAAGAGCUUUUAUACUAACCUAUUUAUGGUAUUUAUUUUUGUUUCAUUAUUUCUUGUUUACACUUUGAAAUUUGAAAUUGUUAAAUCAUUAACAAAGAUUUGGGUAAACCAUGAAAAUGAUCUCAGUCUAGAGAUGAGAAAGGCAAUCAUAAAAUAUGUCUUACAAGUAUUUUUGAUACUUGAGCAGAGUGUGUAUGUUUGAGGGUUAUUGUGAUUUAGUGAAACAAAAGGCAUGCAGGUGGUGGCAGAAUAUUGUUUUUGCCCACAAUGUGAUGUUAUAUAACACCUUUAUGUACACAUGAAGACAGCAUGUGGUCCAAAGGGAGCAACUUACAUUUGUUUAUGCCAGUUUGAUCAUUGUUACCAAACAAACCACCUAGAGGUUUAGGUGAUUAAUCUUCCAACCAUCUGGAAGAAGGUUGUGUUUUUGUUAUAUAAAAUUAGGUUGAGGGAAAGUUACCACCAACUAGAUUUAGUGUUGCACAUUUUCUUUAAACACUUACGUUGUUACCAAUUAGUGGUAUUGAGUAGAUAUGUCUAUAUUUCUACUUAGUCUUUAUUUUUUUUUAUUUGAUUGAAUGGAACCAGUGAUAGUACAUUUCCACUUGAAAAACCAAAUAUGUAGCCAAAUUCUGAAUACAGUGUAGUGGUUGAAAAUUGUCAAAUUUACAGAGAUAUUCUGUAUUUGUUCAUUUAAUAUUAUUAAAUAUUGUACCAGUGAAAAGCAUCAUAAAGAUAGGUCAUGGUUGUAUGGCCAGGUUUUUACCCAGUGGUUAUGUGCCCAAGCAUUUACCAGUAGUUCUUCACCUAGGCAGUUUCCAAAUUUGUAUAUAUUUUUAUGCCUUAUGCAAGUUAAGUUGUAUCAAUAAUUUUUGUGCAAGACUUUUUGUACCGUGUUCAAACAACUGCAAAUUAACCAGUGAUUACUUGCCUUGUCUUGAAAGAGUUUAAGAUUGAUCUAGAUGGGUGAGAUUGAGAAAAGAAGUUUGUAAUAAGAUAUUUUAUAAGGUUUUUAUACAUAAAAUGUAAGAGCUUAGGUGUCGAGUUAUUGUUGUUCGCUUAGGUACUUAAAGUUGUAAGUAACUGACUUUAUACUUGGUGUUGUGUGAUUCAGCAACCAAUAACAAAUACUCUGGCAAAUGUUUUGAAAAUCAUACAUAAAGAUAUAAUCUUUGUACUGUGUUCUAUGAAGAUUAUUAUUUUGGUAUUUUUAUGCUCAAAAUUUAUUUGCGAUUUUAUGUAGUUGAUGUUGAAUGGAUGAGUCAAUAGUUGUAUUAUACCAGAAAGAAUUUUUUCAUUUGAUGGUGUUUUUAUACUUGGUUAUUUGUUAUAAGGUUUUUAGUUUUUUCCCCCUCGAUCAAACAAAAAUAGUGAAAAAAUUUUGUUUGCAGUAGGCACAUGGGAUUCAUACUUGGCAUUAAACUACUGUUUCUUGUGAUCUGUAUGUUACCAAUAGUUUUAAUGAAGAAACAAAUGAAGCCAAGUGGCAGAUAGAACUUGUUUUGCCUAUGGAAAGGC